UUUUACAGUCACUGCGAUACUUGCGCAGUUGUGAGCAGUUCAGGAAUUCUCUUAAAUUCUUCAGCUGGUGAUUUGAUCGAUGGUCAUAUAUGUGUAUUCAGAAUGAACAACCAUGCUAGUGCAAAGUUCGAAAAAGACGUGGGACAAAGGACCACUCACAGAGUGAUUGCUCAUAGUGCCAUCAACAACAUCCCGUCUAACUUAUCCAUAUCAGAACUAACUAACGAAAAAACUACAUAUCUAAUAUGGGGUCCCCACCACGACGUCAGAUCAAGUGGAUCAGCUUACAAAUGGGCACUUAGAACCCACGACUUUGUAGCCGAUCAUCGAACUCCAAAUGUGAAAGUGUUUAUUGUCGGGAGCAAAAACACCACCAAUUAUUUUGACGGUAUUUGGGAAGAGGAGAGGGGAGUGAACAGAACGACGACAAGUACCUGGCUGUCAACUGGAUUUUUCACAAUGGUGACUGCUCUUAAUAUUUGUGAUCAAGUGACGCUUUUUGGAUUUGUGAAGAGAACGGAUUGUGCUAUGGAAAAACAAGGCUACAAGUAUCACUAUGAUCAGAAAAGAGACACGCCCACCGCUUGUUCUGAGAUGAUGACGCACCAAAACAGCAGAAAGAACUCACACGCGUUCUUCACUGAACGCGAAAUAUUCCACCGGUGGAGUCAGUUCAGAAAAAUAGACUUCAAAGUGCCUGAAUGGAAGGACGAUGAUGGAGCCAAUGUGACCUCGAAGUUAUAGAAAAUUGAAGUUUGUUGCAAAUUUGUGCUUCAGCUCUGACCUU